AUGCCUUUAGAAAGGCUUCGGCAGGUGCCUCUGAAACAGUGGCUGCUAAGAUGCUUCUCCACUUCUGUGACCUUCACCUCCGUUGAUCGGUCUCUGUUCCCUGUUCGUUCGUUUAAAGACCUCAAGCCGAACGCCAAAUGCAAAUUGCGAGUGCCGCUCUUGAAGUCGCCGUCUCAUCUUGGCCACUACACCUCUCGAAUGAAUAGGAGAUAUAAUGAAGAUAAGUACAGUGCAUGUGUGUUGGACAUCAAUGGCAGGACCAUAUUCAAUUUCAACAUAUUUGAUGGCCACGGUGGUGACCAGUGUCUGAAAUAUUUGCUGUACAACUUGGGUUCCGUUGUGGAGGAGUCAUCGUUAUUGUGUGAUGCCAACGAUGACACUGUGAGACAUAGGCUAAUCAAAGACUAUGCUAAAAACAUUGGCGGCUACUGGCGGCGCUGGUAUAAGCAGCGACAACAGAACUUUGAGAAGAUGGUCAACGUUUCUCCUCAAGUGAGAAAGCUAUCAUCUUUGGGAGAUGUGCUGGACGACCUACCGCUCAGGUUGCCGCUUUCCUUCUUACAGACUGACUACGAUUUCUUCAAUCAAGAGGAUAACAAGCUGGGUUCCACGUGCACUUCACUUUAUAUGGAAACGCUCCACUCUGAGCUGGAGGGUGAAUUCCAACCUGUUUUUGAAAGUUAUUACUUCAACAGAGGCACAAUCAACAAGUUGACCGUAGCUCAUGUGGGGGAUACGAAAGCGAUAUUGGUUGAUAAGAAUGGAGACGCCCACCCAUUAACUCUCCCGCAUCAUCCCUCCAAUCCCACAGAAUCUUCAAGAUUAAGAAGGUACUCUGCUAAUUACUUUAUGACCGAUUCGUUCGGAGAAGAGAGAUUCAUAUCAUUGGCCAACACUCGUGCAUUUGGUGAUCUCAAUUUCAAGGAAGUAGGCGUCACCGCAGAGCCAGAAGUCUCGCAACUCAUAUUUGGCGAUCAUAAAACCAUACUGAAGAAGCUCACGGCACAAGAGAUCAAAGAUCACACUAUCGUUGGGCUUGGAGGAGACGAGUCUUUCUUAGUGCUUUGCACGGAUGGGAUCACCAACGAAGUCACAGAUCAGGAAGUUGCGGACAUCAUCAUGACGAACUUCAACAUGAGGGGUCAGGCAGCAACACCUCAGGUCUGUGCCGAAGAAGUUGUUAAAUUUGUAGAAUAUAUAGGCGGUGACGACAAUGCCACUUGCCUAGUCAUACGUUUGAGCGGAUGGGGAAACUGGCCAGUGAUCGAUAGAACGGGACAUCUUCGUCAAGAGCGUCUCAACGCAUACUCUCCAAGGGACCGUGGAUCAGGGUAG